CCUUCCCACAGGGGUUCUGAACGCCGAACGGAAGUCUCCGAAAAUCAACGACUCUUAACGAAAGGCGGGCGGACAUUAACGAGCGAGUUCGAACGCGGUGUCGGAGGUCACAUCAGAGCGCCGAGGCCGUCUCCGGAAGUUCCCGAACGCCCCCGAAGCUCCGGGGAGGGCAGGCAGCAGCGCCACACAAGAUGGCGGACGGGGAGGAGGUUACUCUGGACGGGAGGCCGCUUCAGGCGCUGAGGGUCGCCGACCUGAAGGCGGCUUUGGAGCAGCGUGGCCUGGCUAAGAGCGGGCAGAAGAGCGCGUUGAUUAAGCGCCUCCGUGGGGCCCUGAUGCUUGAAAACCUCCAGAAGCAUUCGACCCCACACACCACCUUCCAACCGAAUUCCCAGAUCGGGGAGGAGAUGAGCCAGAACAGCUUCAUCAAGCAGUACCUGGAAAAGCAACAGGAGCUGCUGAGACAGCGUCUAGAACGGGAAGCUCGGGAGGCUGCUGACCUAGAAAGCAAAAGCUGCGUCAUCUCCCGAGAGAGGGGAGAGUCAGACGAAGAAGAACCCAGAAGACCAGAGCAACAUUCCUCUCGGGUGAGGCAGGCCAGAGCUGUGAAGACUGCGGGAGGUGGCCAUGCCCUGGCUAGCGAAGAGCGGGAGACUUCUCUUCGAAGUCGGAGGGCUGCCCAGCGGGUCCCUGUAAAAGAGGAGGAGGAAGAGGAGGAGGAGGAGGAAGAAGAGGAGGAGGAGGAAGAGGAGGAGGAGGAGGAGGAGGAGGAUGCUCCCCCUUUGCUGCUUGGCCAGACACCCAUGAGGCCAGAGGAGCCUGGCAUGCCAGCUCCCCAAGAGACGGGCAUGUGCCAAGCUUCCCUGCCCAUCGUCCUACAGGCCCAGCAAAAGGAGGGUCGAUCCCAGACUCCAGACACCCCGGGCUGUGAAGCUGCCAUGCCGCUCCUCUCGCACUUGCAGAGGCCAGGAGAGGGGGAGGCCCUGCCCACGGGACCAGCACCUCUGGAAAAGCAGCAGGCAGCUCUGACACCAGGGGAAGCCUUGGAAGCCCAGGAAAAGGAGCCACUGCAGGCAACCACCACAGAGGCUGUAGCCCAGUUACCCGAAGCCUUAAAAGUGGAGACCGAAGAAGACCUGGGCCUUCAGAAGGAGCAGAGGCUGACUGACCUCUCCAAGGCCCCCGAGGAGGUGGUGGUGGACCAGGGUGACACCCCGGCUACUCUGUUGCAGGCGGUGGAUGAGCCCCCGAGUGAGGAAAGCCAAGAGGAGGCAGCCGAGGCGCUGCGCAGCCUCGAGGAAGAGGCGACUGCUGCAGCCGCAGCGCUGGUGCAGGCGUCUCCUUCUCCCCCACAGCUGAUUGAAGCACAACAAGCCCAACAGGACCCCCGGGGAGAUGAGCCACCUCCCCCGCUCCUGACCAAGGAAGCCCCUGCAGGACUUGCUCCUGCUGAAGAUGAAGCCCCCCCUCAGCUCUCUCAGCCGUCUCCCCCCUCUCAGGAAGCACUGGCUGGGGCCAGCCUAGGAGCCUCGCCAUCCCCCUUGGCGCUCCCGCCACAUCAGCGGGUACGGCCAAGCAGCUCGCGCUCCUCUUCCUCCUCGGAAUCCAGCUCCUCCCGUUCCCGCUCUCGCUCCCCGGGCAGCUCACCACCCCGAUCCCACACAAGGAGGCCCCGCUCUGGUUCGUCUGAAUCACCUGCUCGGAAGCGCCGGGUUCUGGGAUCCCAGUCGCGCUCUGGCUCUGAGCGGCGCAGCAGUUCGUGUUCCAGGUCCCGCUCCAGAUCUCGCUCCAGCAGUGGCGGCAGCAGCAGCAGCAAGUCCCCCAGCCGUGAAGCUUCGAGGGACAGUUUCCCCCACACCAAAGAGUCCUCCCCACCAGGGGAGUGGUUCCCACCCCACAGCCCCAAGGCCCAGCAAGAGAUGCCAUCAAGCCCCAGGGAAGAGGGGAGAGCCACCCCCUCCCCCCCUCCGGAUCCUCAGAGACAUCACAGCCACACCCCACAGCAGCAACCACCAGCGCACAGCAUGGAGACUGCGAGCACGUUUCCGGAGCGAGGCAGCCCAAAGCCUCUCUUUCCAGUGGAGGUGUCUGGCCUAGACAGUGGAGGUCCUGCCUCUGAGCCACAGCGCCUGACUGAGCCACAGCACAGCAAAGACGAGGAGAAGCAAACGGUGCCAAUGGAGCUGUCAGAGCCCCAUCCGGAGAACGAGGCCCUCGAACCCGGUGGCCCCGAUGAUCAGCCCUCGGCAGACCCCCCUGGCCCCGAAGCGGGUCCUGAAGAUGAGGAAAAGAAAGAGGGUUCAGUUCAACCCAAGGCCUUCAAGAGGAAGAUCUCUGUUGUCUCAUCCUCCGUGGCCAAGGGGACCAUAGCCACGAACAGUGACACGGAAGGAAGCCAGCCAGGAGGCCGUAAACGGCGCUGGGGGGCUAGUACAGCCACCACCCAGAAGAAGCCUUCUAUCAGCAUCACCACAGAAUCCCUCAAGAGUCUGAUCCCUGAGAUUAAGCCGCCAGCAGGAGGGCAAGAAGCCGUGGUGGAGCUCCACGCGGACGACUCGCGCAUCUCCGAGGAUGAAGCCGAGCGCCACCUGGAGGAGCCGGCCCACGAGAAAGCUCUCAAGAUCUGCCGCACGGUCACACAGGUGGUGCCAGUUGAAGGCCAAGAGAAUGGCCAAGGGGAGGAAGAGGAGGAGGAGGAGGAGGAAGAGGAGAAGGUCCAUGAGGAAGAGCAACCGGAGGUUCCUCCUGUUGUUGCUGUAGAGACGGUGGUGCUGCCUCCACCCGUAGAGCAUGAAGUGAAAAAAGGUACUGGAGGGCGACUGGCAGAGGUGGGGGAGAGACUGGCCUUGCAGGCAGAGUCACCUUUGGGCUUCUGUGUUCCCUCGCCCCGCCCCACAGUCACGUUGAGCGAUACGCUCACCCGGCGGUCCAUCAGCCAGCAACGCUCUGGGGUCUCCAUCACCAUCGACGACCCCGUGCGCACAGCCCAGGUCCCCUCCCCACCACGUGGCAAGGUCAGCUGCAUCGUUCACAUCUGCAACCUGGUGAGGCCCUUCACUCUGGGGCAGCUGAAGGAGCUGCUGGGCCGAACGGGCACCCUGGUAGAGGAGGCUUUCUGGAUUGACAAGAUCAAAUCACACUGCUACGUCACAUAUUCAACAGUGGAAGAAGCCGUAGCAACUCGAAACGCCCUCCAUGGGGUGAAGUGGCCGCAGUCAAACCCCAAGUUUUUGUCAGCAGAUUUUGCUGAGCAAGAUGAGCUGGACUUCCAUCGCGGCCUUCUGGCCGACCGUCCUGCAGAGGCCAAGGCAGAUGAAGCGCCCACGUUCCCGGGGGCGGGCCCGGCCACGCGGGGGGAACGGGAGCUGCCCCGGCGCUCAGAGGCACGGGAGCGGGAAGCAGCUGUGCGGGAGCAGUGGGCCGAACGGGAGCGAGAGAUGGAACGCCGGGAGCGGACCCUGGCGGAGCGGGAGUGGGACCGGGACAAGGUACGCGAGGGGCCCCGCUCUCGCUCCCGGUCCCGAGAGAGACGCCGCAAGGAGAGGCCCAAAUCGAAGGAGAAGAAAGCGGAGAAGAAAGAAAAGGCCCAGGAGGAGCCCCCAGCUAAACUUCUGGACGAUCUUUUCCGCAAAACCAAGGCAGCCCCCUGCAUUUACUGGCUGCCCCUCACGGACAUUCAGUGCGUCCAGAAGCAGGCCGAGCGGGCGGCCAGGGCUCGAGAGCGUGAGCGCCGGCGCAAGGAACUGGAAGCCGAGGAGGCCCGCCAGCGAGAACGCAGCCGCCAAGCUGAGCGGGACAAGCGGCGGGAGCACAGCCGAGAACGGGAGCGCGAGCGCCCCAACGCCACCAGCAGUGGGGCCAGCCGGGCAGGCGAGCGCAGCGGCCGAGACCGGGAACGGCGCGAGGCCAAAAGCCGCCACAGCCGAAGUCGGAGUCGUAGCACGCCUGUACAGGACAGAGGGGGGCGCCGCUGAGCUAUUCCCCAACCUUUCUUUUGACCUUCUGGGGGGGGAGAUGGUGGCGGCGGCGGCCCUUUCCCAAAUCGAGCUCCAAGUUUGUGAGGAAGGAGGAACAGCGGGAAAGCCAGCCGAGGGGGUUGAGUUUCUUUUUCCAGCGCUGGGAGGGCAGAGAAGGGUCGGGCGUGGCGGGGGGCAGAAGCAGCAGGGCUCUUCCUCCCCUGUGUGGGGAUAGUUUGAUUCCCAGCCCUUCCACUCUCUCUUCUGGAGCCAGUGUCCUUCCCGUUGAUUUGUAUUUUAUUUUGGGAAAAUGUUUUUUUUAUUCUUCUGAUGAUACAGGAAAGAGAGCAUAAUAAAGAGAUGGCGUUAGUUUUAAA